AUGUUAGCCGUGGGUCAGAUGGACGGGUCCCGACAGAGCGCCUUCCUCCUCAGCACCCCUCCUUUAGCAGCUCUGCACAGCAUGACCGAGAUGAAGACCCCCCUCUACCCGGCGUACCCCCUGUCUUCCACCGGCCCGGCCUCGUCUACCUCACCCGCCACCACCUCUCCCAGCCCGGGGGGCAUGGCGGUGUCCUCCCCGGGGGUCAAAACCUCCACAGGACUGUCGUCGGGUCUCGGAUCCCCCCAGUCGUGCGCCGCCGCCACCCCUCACGGAAUAAACGACAUCCUGAACCGUCCCUGCGUCGUCUCAGCUUCCGGCGCUGCAGCCGCUGUCGCCGCCUCCUCCUCGGCCGGGAUUUUGUCAGGACUGCCCCGGUUCAGCAGCCUCAGCCCGCCGCCGCCUCCCGGACUUUACUUCAGCCCCAGCGCCGCGGCUGUGGCGGUGGCCCGGUACCCGAAGCCCCUGGCGGACCUUCCGGGCAGGACGCCGAUCUUCUGGCCGGGAGUCAUGCAGAGCCCGCACUGGAGAGACGCCAGAUUUGCGUGCUCACCUCAUCAGAAUUCCGUCUUACUGGACAAAGAUGGCAAAAGAAAGCACACUCGUCCCACGUUUUCUGGACAACAAAUUUUUGCAUUGGAAAAGACUUUUGAACAAACAAAAUAUCUCGCUGGGCCGGAGAGAGCGAGGCUGGCUUACUCGCUGGGAAUGACAGAGAGCCAAGUAAAGGUGUGGUUUCAGAACAGAAGAACCAAAUGGAGGAAGAGGCACGCCGCUGAGAUGGCCUCUGCCAAAAAGAAACAGGACUCAGAGACGGAGAGGCUGAAGGGGACCUCGGAGAAUGAAGAUGACGACGACGACUAUAAUAAACCUUUGGACCCUAAUUCAGAUGACGAGAAAAUCACACAGCUGCUAAAAAAACACAAACCGGGCUCCUCUCUGCUCCUCCACACGUCAGAAAAUGACAGCUCAUAG